UCACCUACGCUACUUAACAACGCGCCAUUUGCCUCUUCCCCCAUUCAAAAUCUCCAUUAACCUCUGCCUCUCUCUCUAGCCCUACACAUUUACAUUUCUCGCUCUCACACCGACCUAAUGAUUCCUCACUCUUACGCUACGGACACUCAGGCCAAGGCCACCGAGCUCGCCUCCACCGUCUCCGCCGCCGUUUCUCAGCCGCAGAUCGCCUCCGCCUGCGCCGCCGUAGAGUCCUUCCUCCGGAAGCACGCCCCCGACCAGCAGCGCUGGUUCUUCUCCCUCACUUUCCCUGCCCUAAUUUGCAGAAUCUUCGGCUUCGAUGACUCAUCGCCUCCUUCUGCAACCACCAAACGCCCUCCGUCCAGCGGCUGGAUAGACGUUGCUACUUCCGUACACGAUACUGAGCUUUCAGGUAGAAUCUUCAGCCUUCUAUCUCCAAAUGGAUUGCUGUUGUCUUCAAUCUCAGGAGUUGAUCGGCUUUCUCUAGUUAAAUAUGUCUUCCCCAAUGAAAGAUUACCAGAGUGGGUUCGUUACAUGCUUCAAACUGAGCAAGAUUGUAGGAUUUUGACUGAUUUGUGCCCUCUGUUUAGGAACAGAAUUAAGGGAGAUCCAAUCAAGGGCACUCCAUAUCAGGUUCAACUGAAUGUUUUGGAGUAUUACUUAUUUUGGUUUGCUUAUUACCCUGUUUGUAGAGGUAACAGUGAGGGUUCUGAGACAGUGAAGGUUCAGAGAACAAAAAAGUUUCGGUUGGAGAAUUGGUCUUAUUCAAUACCCGGCCUUUCAAGUACUAAACGGGAAACAGAAAAGAAGACGGAGGGUAAUUUGUACAUACGGCUACUAUAUGUGUAUCUUCAUACUUUUGUGCCUUCCCAAGAUCUGUAUGUGCAGCCUUACCGCAGUUCCCUGCUUCAUUAUUCUCCGGGUUAUGAUAGUUCUGCAGUGGAGCGAGCUGAGUUUGUAAUUAGUACAAUGAUCCAUUUUUGGCUGGUCGAUAGUGACUUUUCACCCUUGCCUACAGGCUUGUGCAAGGCAAAUGGUGUUACUUUCCCUUUUAGGUCUGUUCUUGGAGAGACCCCUCCUACAUCAGGACUGGGUGAUGAGAUUAAUGUUUUCGUUAAGUAUUUAAAUAUGACUUCGCUAGUAGCUAUGGAUGGGCCAGAUGAGUCUGAUGUCAGAAGUCCUGGGUGGAGAGUUUCUGGUUCGUAUGAUGUUGCAAAGACAAGGGAUGCUGCUCUAACUGUAAAUUCUAGUGGAUCAUGGAACUUGAUGAUUCAAAGGCCAUUGUACAGAUAUAUAUUGAGAACAUUUCUAUUUUGUCCUGUGGAAUCCUCUAUAAAAAAUGCAUCCCAAGCAUUUUCUCUCUGGGUCAAUUACAUGGAACCUUGGUUAAUUAGCUUCAAAGAGUUUGCUGAUCUCAAUGAGACUUUAGGACUGCCAACUUUAAGCUCAGAAAACUGCAUCAAUAAAUCAUCAACUCCUGGAUAUGCAUCCUCUUGGCAGGGAUUUGUACUGGACAACUAUCUGUUCUAUAGCUCAUUGGUCAUGCAUUUUAUUGGAUUUGCUCACAAAUUUCUCCAUACAGAUGCAGAAAUAAUUGUUCAGAUGGUUGCUAAGGUAAUUAAUAUCUUAACUUCAUCUGUUGAGCUUGUGGAUCUGAUAAAGAAUGUCGACAGUGUUUUUCAUUCAAAAGCUGCUGCUGAACCUUCUAAAUCGAUACUUACUGGAUUGAACAAAUAUAUUCCAACAAUACGCCAACAGUUGCAGGAUUGGGAGGAUGGCCUGUGUGAGAGUGAUGCAGAUGGAUCCUUUUUGCAUGAGAACUGGAAUAAAGAUUUACGACUUUUUGCAGACGGUGAAGAUGGUGGGCAACAAUUGCUUCAGCUAUUUUUGUUGCGUGCUGAGUCUGAACUGCAGUCAGUAUCUGGAAACAAUCUCUCUCAGAAUCUGCAAUGUCUGGACUCUAUUAGAGCCCAGUUAAGCCAAUUGUUUGGUAGUCCCCUCUCAAAAUCUCCAUCAGGAACACCUCAGUUGAGACAUCAAUCACGUGAAGAAAUAUUCAAGCCUAGAAGCUUUGGCAACCAAACAGGGACCGAGAUAAAAUACAAGGGUGACUGGAUGAAGCGGCCCGCCUCCAGCGAUGAGAUUGCGUGGCUAGCCUCCAUUUUGGUCAGUAUAUCCGGUUGGCUGAAUGAGAAGGUUGGUCUAGACCGGGUUGACCCGAACCAAGAGGCCAUCGGUUGGUCAUAUUUGGAGGUUGUGAGCGACGUAAAACGCGUGCAUGGAACCAAGGAAACCAUGAGAGUGGUUCUCUCUUGCUUUCUUUCUUGGGUGAUGUGGCUGUGUGAGGCUGGACUGCAACUAAUGAGAAGAUAUGGUCUGAGGGUAAAUCUCAGGGUGCUAGCUUCUAAAAGGAUAGUUGCGAUGCUCCUGCUUCUUACAAUGUUCAAUCUUUUUAGAAGAGCUUUUGCUCUCUAGAGAACUUCUUAUAUAUAAAUAUAUAUGUAUUAUUAUGAAGAGUGAGAUAAACAGUGAAUAGUAAAAAAGAAUGCAAGAUUGUAUAGAAAACCUUCUUCGUGCAACAUUGUUGUACCGGAAAUUUUGAUACAGUUGACCAUGAUCCAUUGCAGUC